AUGCAUCUCGCGGUGGUGCCGACGGAUGUUUUCAACUUCGAUGAAACCGCCCUUUACAUCUCGGUGCUCCCUCGCAAGACGUAUGGCACGGCGCGCGUGGCUGGCCGCAAGAUCCCCAAGGAGAGGCUCACGGUGGGCUUCCUUAUCAACGCGGACGGCACCCACCCGUUUCGUCCCCUUGUUAUCUCGAAGUCGAAGCGCCUGCACGACUUCCGCCCGGAAUACGACCCCGAGAUGUUGUGCUGCUGGAGGUCCAACAAGAAAGGGUGGAUGACGUCAAAGCUCUUCACCGCUUUCACGGAGCACCUCAACGCUGCGAUGUAUGCCGAGAAGCAGCACAUCAUCAUCCUGCUCGACAACGCGAGCAGUCACGUGCUAAAGACAGAGACGGCGACGGCCGAGGACUUGUUCAGCCCGAAGACGAUUCAGCGGUGCUGGUGGCGGACCGGCUGCCUCCCGGCUGCGUGGGAGAUGCAGCUAGAGCAUGUAGGGGCCGCUGCUGAUGUCGACGAGGAGGCCGGGGACGAGCUCGAGGAGGAGCUUGGCGACGUCCGCGCGUUGAUCCGCCACCUCAACCUCGGGCCGAGCGCCAUGGCGGCGGCAGAGUUUGUCGCCUUGGACGACAUGGAGCCGACUUGCGAAGAGCCGGGGGAGGAUUCGCUGGCGGUAGAGCCUACCACCGAGGCGACGGCAUCUUCUUGGGACCAGCCAAUCCCGUUUGCUGGUGUCUAUGAUGACACCGACCCGGUGACGCGCGAGGCAAGGCGCAACGCGAGGUCGGCCUGCGAAAUGCUUAUCGGCUACUCGCGCGCCAUCGGGAUCGAGCCGCGUGACAUUAGCCACCUUUUCGACAUCCGCAACCCGAUCAUUGUGGAGCGGCUCGAGAGGGCAAGCCCUCGUCUUCAUCUGAACGAGCCCGCUGCCGCACCAACUAUGGAGCCUGCUCGUCGUGGUCGCGUCCUCCCGGCGUGGAUGACGACGCCGUCGCGCCGUCAGCAGCUGAUCAACGGCGGCAUAACCGCGGCCAUGGGAGGCUACCCUGAGUCGGCCGAAUGGUUCCGCAUCUAA